AGCUCCCAUGCCAGUCACCUCUGCUACGCGGGCGAUGCGGGAGAUCCAGCAGCGCCCCGUCAGGAUGGGCCGUCAGCCACUCUGCCUGCUCCUGGCCACGCUCUUCAGCACCUGGCAAGUUGCCGAGACCCAGGCUGUUUUCACAUUAAACAGCGUCAAGCUCACAGUUCUGCCUGGAAACAAUGUGGAAAGUGGCACCAAUGUGACGCUACGUUGUGUAGCCAGUGUCAGCCACAGCACAUACUUCCCCCUUACCUACAAGUAUACCUUCUACAAAGGCAAACAAGUUGUGUACGCCAAAAAUGUCACCAUGACAGACGAGAUGGACUAUCCUAUAAAAGAGGCGAGAGUGGCUGAUUCUGAAAUUUACAAGUGCCACUUGAAGAUACAAAAUAAGGAAGGUGACAGUAACACAGAAACAUUGAAGGUAACAGGCUUGCAGACCCCAGUUCUGAUGGUAGGCAGGACGGAGGUCACUGAGGGAGAAAAGGUGAACGCCACGUGCAGCGCACCCAGAGAAUCCGGUUCCUUCAUUUUCUACUUCUUCGAAAAAAAUAAUACCGAAGCCGAACGAGUGGUUACCACCAAGAACACGGCGCAGGUUGCCAUAACCUUGAAGCCAGCGGGGAAGACGAGCUUGACUUGUCAAUAUAUCAUCAUGUUGACACCAACCAAUGUGCAGUCUAACAGGAGCAAUGAAUUGCAGGUUACUGUACGCGAGCUACCCAUCUCACCCUCAAUGGUGAUACGGCCUAACAGAAGCAUCAUUGAAGGUGACGUCCUGAAUAUUACAUGUAGCGUGAAUAUGGCUCCCCGCCACCCCUCAGAGCUCACGGUUCACCUCAUCAAGGGUUCUAGUGUGCUGAAAUUUGGAAACAACAACAUUAACUAUGUCAAGGCGGUGCUGGCUGAAGACUCUGGGUUGUACGCAUGCAAAUCAGAAAUGGGAAAUGUCCAGAAAUCAUUCAAUGAUACCGUGACUGUAGCAGAAUUGUUUUCAAAGCCAGUCCUGAGAAUGGAUCCACGGGAGGUGUUUGAAAACGACCGAUUCUCAUUAGAAUGCAAUAGUGAAAUGGUCAACUCUCAAAGGAUCCACCGUAAUGAUGUCAGAUACUACAUCUAUAAGGAUGGCGAACUAAUAACACCUGGCAGUUUUGAUGGAAGAUACUCAAACACUGCAAACACUUCCCUCAACGGAAAUUACUCCUGUAAAGCACAGGCCAAAUGGAUACCUAAAUCCAGUACAGCCAUUGUCUUCAAAGCGAAAUUGCUUGUGUCUAGGCCGGUGAUAAGGGCCAUAGGGGACGUGAUCCUGAGAAGGCCAUUCCGAAUCCAUUGCUACUGUGAGAAAGGCAGUCUUCCUAUCAGCUACACCCUUAUGAAGAAUAAGGAGAAGGUGAACAUCAGCACGGUGUCACAGCCAGGCGACCAGGCUAUCUUCACUGCCAUGAUACAUAAGAAGGAGGAGAUUUGGCAUUACACCUGUGAUGCCCAGAAUAAGGGUCCUCCUGGUUUGGAGAGUGCACCGCUCAACACUCAUGUCAUAGAGCCUGCGUCCAGGCCCAUACUGGCUGUUGUCCCAAGCCCUGAGGAAAUCGUGGAAGGGACUCACCUGGCCCUUAUCUGUAAAAUCGAAAAGGGCACUCAUCCAAUCACCUUCACGUGGUAUCGCCGGGGGAAGCCUGUGUUCAAAAAAGUAAUAAAUCAGUCAGAGCUUUAUGCAUCGUAUGAUGUGAUGGCAGUGAGAAAAGAUCACGCUGACAUAUACCACUGUGAGGCUGACAACCGGGCCAAGCAGGCAGUGAGGAGCAAGGAUGUCACCAUAGAGGUGAAAAUGGCCAUGUGGAAGAAGAUUGCGAUUGGGAUCUCAGUUCCUGCAUUCCUCGUGUUGAUUGCCCUCAUCAUUUUCUACCGCCGAGGGGUCUUAAGAAGAGGUAGAGGAGAGACUGGAGCAGAACUGUCAGUAAAGCCUUCGAGCCCUAAAUCAGAUGACUCUCUAACAGUGAGUCUUGCCCACGACACCGAAGUAUAUAACGCAAACAAAGUGGGCGUUGAAGCCGGGGGGAGGAGCGUUUGGAGUGAGAGGACAUCGGAGUCAGACACAGAUGAACAGAGCAGUGAGGAGAGCCCGAAGGAGCCUGAUGUAGAGUACACCGAGGUGGUGCAUCCCCAGCCGGCAGACUCCUUACGUGCUCCACUGAGGAAAGGCACAGACACGGUGUACAGCGAGCUCCAGAACUCACAAGGUGUAGCUGACCACGCUGGCUAUGGCUCUGUGGAGUACGUCCAGCUGAACCACGACCUGCCGGAGCCUGUGUAACUCUCUGCCAGGAGGAGGGAUUCCCAGCCAGACCCAUCCCCCAUGGCCUCACUGCUCAGCCCACAUGGAAUAUAUUUAUUGUGUAAUUACAGCUUUUUUUUUACCACGUCCACUGCCCAUUCCCAAUCAAAUAUGCCUUAGAAGGUAGUUGUUAGAAGUGUGUUACAUUUUCUCCUAGCGGUGAAACGAUGGUGGGGGUGGGGGGGUUGUUCAAUGAACUGUGGAUUCUGUGGACUCAUUGUAGGAUCAGAGACGUUCCGUUGAAGUCCGAAAGGAGCACAAACUAUGCAAGCUGAACACUUUAUAGCUUUGUACGUGUCACUGGAAAAGUUUACUACCAUGUUAUGAUUCUCACACCUAUCAAAGCAAUGAUUAUUAGGGCUUUGUGAAAUUUUCCACUUUCCACAACACGGAUUUCCUCAUCCAUUCACUGGCUGUUCAUCAAGCCACCUUUUCAACUUUCCAUUUGUGCUAUUCUUAACAGCCACCCUGUCGGAGUUCAUCGUUUCAUUUUGCUUGUGAUUUGGAAUGACUUGCAUCAUCAUGUUGGUUGUUAGCAGCCGUUACUAAGUCGGCUGUUCCUGGAGUUUGUAUCUUCUAUGGACAGGUGUAACUGACCAAAGCCAGACUGGGCAGGAAAUGAGCAUCCCUACGUCAGGGAGUAAGAAAUGAUCGUUAUUUAUAAGUCAUUACAAAUUACCUUUGUUUUUGUUAUUAUUAGGAUUAUUAUUGUUGUUGUUUUUCUUGCUGCUGUCAAGUCGAUGCACACCCUGUGGAUGCAGGAUGAAAACCGUUUUAAAACGUGAAAGGAGAAUUUCUUAGGCUGCCCUCUUUCUACAGCA